AUGUCGUCGGCAUUAUCCCCUGAGGGCGACCGUCGCUACUCGGACGAUUCGCUUUCCUCGGUUUCCACCACGAGCCUCGUAUUUGAGAGAAUACAGGAAAAGACAGAGAUGGACGCCGACAAGGACAAGGAGAAGGACCCUCGCGCCCUCGACGAUGAGGAUCCCCUCAGGGACGAUGAUGACCUUGAGACGGGUCCGUUCCUCGGUCCUGGGGCUUCGCUUCACCGUGAGCCCAUGGACAAGGGAUUGCGACGGAUUCUGAUCAUUGUCGCCGUCGUCUUUAUCGGUGGAUGGCUCGCCGGUCUCGGCAUCUUUAUCGCAUCGGGUUCAUACCAUCACGAGAGUGACACCGAGCACGAUCCGGAUGCCAAUUCGCGUGGUUCGGGCAAGUCUCUUUCCAUGGACCAGCUUUUCGACGGUACCUGGUCGCCCAAGUACCAUAGCAUUAGCUGGAUCGCCGGCCCCAAGGGAGAGGACGGCCUGCUUCUCGAGGUCGGGGCCAGUAACAAACCCUACAUCGUCGUUGAGGAUAUUCGCAGUGACAAGAAUGUUGCGACGCGCGAUGACGCAAAGACCAAGGCUUCCAACUCUCGCACUCUCAUGGAGAACCCCUUUUUUGAAUACAACGGCAAGCAGUACUCCCCUCAGUGGUCUGAACCCAGCCCAGACCUAACCAAGGUCCUCCUCGGUGUCUCCCGGAAGAAGAACUGGCGACACUCUUUUAGCGCCAUCUACUUUGUCCUCGACGUCGAGACCCAAGAGGCUGAGCCUCUCGUCCCGGACCAAGUCGAUGCCAGAAUCCAGCUCGCUUCAUGGAGCCCCAAGAGCGACGCCGUCUCCUUCACCAGGGAGAACAACCUCUACAUCCGCCGCCUGACAGGUGACAAGGGCGUUACCCAGAUCACCAAGGAUGGCGGCCCUGAGUACUUUUACGGUAUUCCUGACUGGGUGUAUGAGGAAGAAGUCUUCAGCGGACGCAGCGCUACUUGGUGGUCCGACGAUGGCAAGUACCUGGCCUUCCUCCGCACCAACGAGACAGGCGUCCCUGAGUAUCCCGUUCAAUUCUUCAUUGAGCGUCCAAGUGGCACAACCCCUGAGGAGGGUGAGGAGGCAUAUCCCGAGGUGGAACAGAUCAAGUACCCCAAGGCUGGUGCCCACAACCCGGUCGUGGAUCUGCAGUUUUACGACAUUGGCAAGAAGGACACUUUCUCUGUCGAGAUUGACGGCGCAUUUGCUGAUGAUGACCGUAUCAUUAACAACCUCCUCUGGGCCGGUGACAAGGCCAUCGUCAAGCAGACCAACCGUGUCAGCGACAUUCUCAAGGUUGUCCUCGUAGACGUUCCUUCUCGCAAGGGCAAGACUAUCAACACCAUCAACGUCGAUGAGAUUGACGGCGGUUGGUUCGAGAUCUCUCACAAGAUGGCCUAUAUCCCUGCCGAUCCUAAGAAUGGCCGUGAGCACGAUGGAUACGUCGACUCUGUCAUUCAUGAGGGCUAUGACCAUCUUGCCUACUUCACGCCGCUUGACAACUCCGAGCCCAUCAUGCUCACAGAGGGCAAGUGGGAGGUCGACGAUGCGCCCUCGGCUGUGGAUCUCGCAAACAACCUUGUCUACUUCGUCGCCGCAAAGGAGUCGUCCAUCCAGCGUCACGUCUACUCGGUUAAGCUCGACGGUAGCGACCUCCAAGCUUUGACGGACCCCAAGACGGAGGCCUACUAUGACGCUUCCUUCUCCAAGGGAGCCGGCUUCGUCUUCCUAUCUUACCGCGGCCCCAAGAUUCCUACACAAAAGGUCAUCUCGACACCGGUGAGCGCUUCUUCGUACGAACGCAUCAUCGAGGACAACGCUGAGCUCGCCGAUCGCGCCCGUCGCCACGAGCUUCCCAUCCUCAAGUACGGCACUUUGGACCUCGACGACGGUGUCAAGGUCAACUACGUCGAGCGCCGCCCGCCUCACUUCGAUGCUAAGAAGCAGUACCCCGUCCUCUUCCACCAGUACUCGGGCCCGGGCUCCCAGUCCGUCACCAAGCGCUUCGCCGUCGACUUCCAGGCCUACGUCGCCGCUGCCCUGGGCUACCUGGUCAUCACCGUGGACCCCCGUGGCACCGGCUUCCUCGGCCGCAAGCACCGCGUUACGGUCCGCUCCAAGCUCGGUGUCCAUGAGUCUCACGACCACAUCGCCGCCGCCGCUUCCUUUGCAUCCCGGCCCUACGUCGACGCCGAGCGCCUCGCCAUCUGGGGCUGGUCCUAUGGCGGCUUCACCACCCUCAAGACUCUUGAGCAGGAUGCCGGCCGGACUUUCAGCUACGGCAUGGCCGUCGCCCCUGUUACGGAUUGGCGCUUCUACGACAGCAUCUACACGGAGCGCUACAUGCGCACACCCCAGGACAACCCCGACGGCUACGACCUGUCCAAGGUCGCCAACGCCACCGCCCUCGGGCAGAACAAGCGCUUCCUCCUCAUGCAUGGUGUUGCAGAUGACAAUGUCCACUUCCAGAACUCGCUCACCCUGCUUGAUGAUCUUGAUCUUGCGGGCGUUGAGAACUAUGAUGUUCAUGUUUUCCCAGACAGUGACCAUAGCAUUUAUUUCCACAAUGGCAACCGCAUUGUUUACGAUAAACUCCGAAACUGGCUCAUCAACGCCUUCAACGGCGAGUGGCUCAAGGUCUCGAAUCCCCAGCCACACAAGGAUCCAGUCGAGAAGGAAAAGCGUCAUAUGGGCCCCCAGGCAUUGGUUUAG